AUGCAGCAAAAUUUAAAACAGCACAUGCUUGUGCAUACGGGUGAAAAGAAGCAUGCGUGUCCGCUGUGCCAGAAAGUGUUUGCCCAAAAGGGCAAUUUAACAUAUCACAUGCUCCAACACUCGGGCAAUUGUCCGUAUCGUUGUGAUCAGUGCGAGAAAGCGUUCAAGGAUCCAACGUCCUUACGAUCGCACAAGCUUAUUCAUACGGAUGAACGCAAGCAUCAAUGCGAUGUUUGCAACGAAAAGUUCAAACAUAAACGUUCGCUGGUCGUCCAUAUGAUGACGCACACACAGGACAAACGAUAUACUUGCACCGAAUGUAAAAGGUCCUUUAUCACCAGCUGGACAUUGAAAAAACACAUGCGAACGCACACCGGCGAAAGACCGUACAAGUGUACGGAUUGUAGCAAAUGUUUUAAAGCGUCGCACAACUUAACCUUGCACAAGCUUUCCCACACCAAGGAACGCCGGUUCCAAUGUGAUAUUUGUGCGAGUUGGUUCAGCUAUAAGCAUGUGCUCAAGACGCACAUGAACGUUCAUUUGAAAGCUGAAAAGAUGCGUCGGAAGCAGGAUAUAAAACAGGAACGAGAGAAAAGCAACGGAAGAAUAAUAAAAUCAUAA